GAGUGGGGAGAGAAGCAGGAUUUUGCAUCGCCUGCAGGGAGGGAGGUGGUAAAGAUGAUGUGAAUGAGAUCAUGGAGCAGACCAUUUCCUUCGCCCUACAACUUAAAGGAGGCAGAAGCGGACCUGAUGAAAAACUUCAAAAACUUUGAAGAGCCCAGGGUAAAGCUACCUGUCAAAUCAGAGAGACACGGAAAUGAGUCAAAAGGAACGACUGUGGAAGACCUGUGCGAGAGAUGGAGGUCUUUUGGAUGCAGCUGUUUUUGAAGCUGAGGAUCAGUGUGUGAACACUCACCAAACCAAAGCUCACCAAGGCAAAGGGUAUACGACAGAGAAUGAAGAUGGUCAUUUGUGUGCAGCUUCCACAGAAGGGGAACUCUAUGAGUUCAACAGAACAACUGAAGGGAGUAUCUCCCAAAGUCCUGAACAGACGGGCAUUGUUGAACGUUCCCAAGGAACAAGGAGGCAACAGAAAACCUGCUUAGAGAAGAGCACAGGUAAAUCCAUUCCUCAUUGGGAAUGUGAAAUCACAGACCAGGAGGGAAUUCAAGAAGCUCAGAGACAAGAAGCAUUGAAUGAAUGGGAGGUCUCCUCUGGACUGGCUGCAUGUGGACAAGUCCAAAUCAAGGAGAAACUAUAUCAGUGCCUAUACUGUGGGAAAUUCUUUAAUGCCCACUUUAAGCUUAUUAGGCAUCACAGAAUCCACACAGGAGAGAAACCAUAUAAAUGCUUGGAUUGUGGCAAAAGCUUUGACCAGAAAGGAAACCUUAUUGCACAUGCAAGAAUCCACACAGGAGAAAAACCAUAUGCAUGUUCUGAUUGUGGGAAAAGCUUCAGCCACAAAGGAAGCUUGGUUUUGCAUGUGAGGAUCCACACAGGAGAGAAACCAUACAAAUGCCCAGAUUGCGGGAAAAGUUUUAGUCGGUCAGGGUCCCUAAAAGAACAUGAGAAGACCCACACAGGAGAGAGACCAUACACUUGUUUAGACUGUGGGAGAAGCUUCCGAAAAAUCUCUGAGCUUACAACACAUCACAGGUUUCAUACAGGUGAGAAGCCAUAUAAAUGCUCAGGCUGUGAAAAAUCUUUCAGUACAAGCUCUAAUCUUAUUGCCCAUCAGAGAACUCAUACAGGGGAGAAACCAUAUAAAUGUUCUGACUGUGGGAAAAGAUUCAGUCAGGCUGGAAACCUUAAGGAACAUGAGAGAACCCACACUGGGGAGAAACCAUACAAAUGCCCAGAAUGUGGGAAAAGCUUCAGACAAAUUUCUUAUUUUAUUAAGCAUCACCAAAUGCACCUUGCGGUUGAGGGAAUGCAUGUGGAAGAGAAACCAUAUAAAUGCUCUGAUUGUGGGAAAGGUUUUAGUGAGAAAGCAAGCCUUGGAAGACAUCAGAGAAUUCACACAGGAGAAAAACCAUUUAAAUGCUUAGACUGUGGGAAAAGCUUCUGUCUAAAAUCAAACCUUGUUGUUCAUUUGAGAAUCCACACUGGAGAGAAACCCUAUAAAUGUUCAGACUGUGGGAAAAGCUUCAAUCAGACCUCAAGCCUUCAUAAUCAUGAGAGAACCCACAAAGGGGAGGAACCAUAUAAAUGCUUAGAUUGUGGGAAAAGCUUCAACAGACCAUCACAACUUAAGGCACAUGAAAGAACCCACACUGGAGAGAAACCAUAUCAGUGCUCAGAGUGUGGAAAAGGCUUCAUUUACAACCAUCACCUCGUUAGACACCAGAGAAAUCACACAGGAGAGAAACCAUACAAAUGUCUGAAGUGUGGAAAAGGAUUUAGUCUCAAGUCAACCCUUAUAAAACAUCAAGGGAUCCACACAGAAGGAGAAACAUAG